GGGUAGGGACUCCGCCCCGAAAGCUGGCGAGAGCAGCCGCGAAGGCUGGCUGGGCUCGGAGGUGAGAAGCAGCAGCUGCUGGCAAGGCUUCCUCCUUCCUUCCUUCUUUCUCUUCUCGUUUCCCCUUUCCUUGCGCUUUGAUAGGCUCCGGCAGCUGAGAAAAAGGCGGGCUGUGCAUUGAGUCAGCGGAACCUGAGAGAAAGAAAGAGAGAGAGAGAGAGAGAGACCCCUCCGGUGGCAGGCAAUGCGCCCCACUUGCUGCCUUGGCCACUUCCUCCUCCGGGAAGCUUUUGUUCGGCUCUCCUCGAUUUGGAAGUAGAAGUGGAUUGCUGUUCCUUCUCCUCCUCCUGCUUUGGGUCAGGAAAGUUCCAGGAGGUGAGACUCGUCCUGGCAUCCCACGCAAGGUGCCCUGGCAUUUCUUGGAAUGAAAAUGAUUAUUAGAGGCAAGUUCCAUUAUUCUGUGGAAUCCACUUCAAGCAAGGAUUACAUUUUCAAUCAUACAAAGCAGGUGUUUUCUGUCAGCUACCUGACCAAAGGGCUGCCACAAUGAGUGAAGCGCUACUUUCCUCCUGUUGGAUAUGUAACUACAGUUUGGCCCAUGGAUCAUGACAUACUACCCUUAUUAAUUAAAAUGCCUUGAAGCUUCGUUCUGCUCUGCUGAAGUGAUGGUUCUUUCUGGAAUGCUGACCCGUGCUCACUCUGCAAUCCUCAAUGCAACUUUCAUUGUCUAUGAAAAUGCCUAUGGAAAUAUCACCACUCCUUUCUUCUUGGUUCGUAGUGGUACAGUGCGGCCACUGAAAUACCACUUAGGUGCCAUGGUUACCACUGAGGCAACAGCUUUGACAGACAGCAGUACACCUGCCCUUCCUUUGCAAGACUUCAAGAACUUGAGCCUGCCAUUUCAGAUCAUACUUUCUGCUGUCAUGGUAUUUAUAUUCCUAGUUUCUUUCCUUGGUAACCUUGUUGUCUGCCUCAUGGUCUAUCAGAAGACUGCAAUGCGAUCUGCUAUUAACAUUCUCCUAGCUAGCUUGGCUUUUGCAGACAUGCUGCUUGCUCUGCUGAAUAUGCCUUUUGCUCUGAUAACUAUAAUCACAACUCGAUGGGUUUUUGGCGAUACCUUUUGCAGAGUUUCUGCUAUGUUCUUCUGGCUGUUUGUCAUUGAAGGUGUUGCCAUUCUGCUCAUCAUUAGCAUUGACAGAUUCCUUAUUAUAGUUCAGAGGCAGGAUAAGCUGAAUCCUUACCGUGCAAAAGUCCUUAUUGCUGUCUCCUGGGCUACAGCCUUUGUAGUUGCUUUCCCACUCUCUGUGGGGAACCCAAGCCUACAGAUACCUUCUAAAGCACCUCAGUGUGUGUUUGGCUACUCAACAAGCCCUGGCUACCGUGCCUACGUGAUACUGGUGGUCCUGAUCUCCUUUUUUAUUCCAUUCCUGGUGAUGUUAUAUUCCUUUAUGGGCAUCCUCAACACGGUACGGCACAACGCAGUUCGCAUCCAUAGCUACCCAGAUAGCAUUUGCCUCAGUCAAGCCAGCAAACUUGGUCUCAUGAGCCUCCAGAGACCCUUUCAAAUGAACAUUGAUAUGAGCUUUAAAACUCGUGCCUUCACAACCAUCUUGAUUCUGUUCAUUGUCUUCAUUAUCUGCUGGGCCCCCUUCACCACCUACAGCCUUAUUGCUACAUUCAACAGCCACUUUUACCACAAGCACAACUUUUUUGAGAUAAGCACUUGGCUUCUUUGGCUCUGCUACCUCAAGUCAGCAUUGAACCCACUGAUUUACUAUUGGAGGAUCAAGAAGUUUCAUGAUGCGUGCUUAGACUUGAUGCCCAAGUACUUCAAAUUUUUGCCACAGCUACCUGGUAACACCAGAAGACGUAUCCGGCCUAGUGCUGUGUAUGUGUGUGGGGAGCACCGGUCAGUAGUGUAAAACUUGGAACCAUAGCUCUUUUCUGAUGUAUACUUGUCUUGGUGAAUUUUUUUACAUGGCUUCUUUAGCAGCCAUAUUUACAACUUUUAGUGUAUAGUCCAGUAAAAUGUCCAAUUUCAAGAAAAAUAUUACAGUUGCUGCCGGAGUAUAACUCAACAAAGUUAUGGGCUAAAAAGUUUUAGAAAGCAGCCACAGUUUAUUUUCUUUUCAGCAGACACGAGUUCAAUUCAACAUUUGCCUUGAAUCCCAUCUUGAGAGAAAGGUGGGAUAUAAAUAAUUACAGUUGUCCUUUCACAUUUGGGGAUUUUUACUUUUGUGGAUUUGAUUAUCUAUUUGAUUUCAAAUGUUAUUUCUAGGAAUCUCUAGGUCCUCCAGCAUGACUCUAGUCAAUUUCCUCGUCAUACCGGAGGACCAAAGAUUUCGAAAGAUAACACCUCUUGUGAUAGAAAGCUUAGAAAUUCCUAGAGAGAUAUUUAGCAACUUCUUUUUUCAUGGUUUUUCAUUUUCUCAAGGGCUCUGUGCCCCUAACUCCAUCAAAUAUGGAGGGCUGGCUGUAAUUCAAUAAAUAAAUAGAAAAAAAUAAA